AUGGUGCCGAAACAAAUUUUCUGUUUGGUUUUUGGCAUCCCAAAGGGAGAUUACGGGAUUGGGACCCAAUGUGAGUGUCUGGAGCUUCUUCAGGGAGUUGAGUAUGAUGUCAGAGAUGAAGAUAAAAUCAUUUGGAAGGGGAGUAAAACAGGUGACUUUUCAAUGAAGAACACAUUCAAGGUUUUAACUGGAGAAGUAAUAGAAAUUGGUUGGACCAGACUGGUAUGGUUUAAACACAACAUCCCAAGACACUCUUUCAUCAGCUGGCUGGCUUGUCGUAGGAGACUAAAAACUAAGGCAAAACUGCUAAGAUGGGGAAUUGUGGAAAGUGCUGGGUGUGUGCUGUGUGAAAAUGGGAUUGAAGAUGAAGAACACUUAUUCUUGAACUGCACUUAUUCCAAGGAAAUUUGGCAAGGGCUGUUGAUUAAAAUGGGUGUGAGCAGAGAUAUUUCUACCUCUUGGGAUGAUGAACUCUUAUGGUGUCAGAACAACUUUCUGGGGGAGGGAGCUGUUACCACAGUUAAAAAUUUAUGCCUAAAUAGUUUCAUUUACCAUGUUUGGAUGGAGAGAAAUAACAUAAUCUUCUCUUCUAAGAAAAUGGCCUCUGCUGGAGUGAGUCAUUUGAUCUCUAUGGAUGUUAGACUCAAAUGCUUAGCUUCUAAGCUAACUGACAAGGAUAAACUACCUAUCAGGAGGUUCAUGGAAGUCUGGGGUAUUGGUUAUACUUAUAAAACUGAAAGGAUAGUGGAAUGCAGUUGGUUAUACCCUGCAGAAGAUGAAGUCAUGGUGAACAUAGAUGGCUCUAGAAAGGACAACUCAGGGGGCAGUGGAGCAAUAAUUAGAAAUCAUACAGGGGAAACCAUUGUUGCUGCUUGUGGAGGCUCUGCUCCUGCUACAAUAAUGGCUCAUGAAUUGCAGGGGGUGGAGGUAGGCAUGAAACUGGCAAUUACAAAAGGUUGCAGAAGAAUUCACAUUUGCACUGACUCUAUGGGAGUUUAUAAACUGCUUUCAGGGGAGUCAACUGCUGCUUGGAGUGUGCUUCACAUAUGGAGAAGAAUACAACAUUUGAUUAAGGAAUUCUCUUUCAUCAGGUAUUCCCAUGUGUAUAGAGAAACUAAUAGGGCUGCUGACAGGCUAACCAGUGAGCAUCCCAGUGACAAUUUUGUUAUCAUAGAUAUUACAAGUUUUGAUAGGGAAAUGCUUAGCAUUUUGGAAGAGGAUAGGGCAGGGAAGAAAUACCUAAGGAAAUAG